GUCAGUCCCAGUCCGGACCCGCUCCAGGUCGGUCGGUCGAGUGGCAGUGUGAGGGAGAGUGACGCGGCGCGUGGCCAGCCGUGCAGCGGAGGACGGCUGCAGUGGGGCAGACUGGACAAACUACUCAGUGACGGACGAGAGCAGUGCAACAGUGACUGUGAGGAAAGACUGGAGUUUGUAAUACGAGAAAGGACCGGUACUGUUGCUGAAAAAAGCUGCAAACGGACACAAGGACCUAGAGCAGCAAAGGUCGGACACGAUGCUGGACCGGAGGAAGACGGUGCCGCCGGGAACAUCCCGGUGUCGGCUGGCCCUGCUGACCGCGCUGCUGUCUCUCUGCGCCUCACCGGCACUCGGCCAGCAGGUGCCGUGCCGCGGCCUCUCCGAACCCAUCGAUAUUCCCUGCCUGUGCGCCGCCAACGCCGAAAACGGCACCGACAUCGUCUGCGACAACGUGGUGUUCGGCGGCGACUUUCCGCUGCUGCCGUUCCGCGCCGCCAUCCACAGCUUCAGCCAGCGCAACGUGGGCCACCAGCGGCUGCCGGCGCAGCUCUUCACGGCAGCCAACAUCCCGCUGCGCAAGCUGGACUUCUCGAGGAACGUACUGAACCAGCUGACCGGCCGGCUUCUGGACGGACUCGAAGACACACUCGAGGAGGUCUACCUCGGCUACAACCAGCUCGGCGAUCAGCUCAACCCCAUCUUCUCCACGGGCGAGUUCCGCGGUCUGAAGCGGCUCAAGAUUCUGGACCUGCGCAGCAACGGCAUCAAGGCGCUGGACGGCGGGAUCCUGGACGGAUGCGACGAACUGCAGGUGCUGCGACUGGAGGGGAACCAGCUGGAAGAGGUGCCCAGCACGGCGCUGACUGGGCCCAGGGCGCUCACAGUCCUCACGCUCCAGGAGAACCACAUCGACCAGGUACAGACGGACGCCUUUCUGGAGCAGCCCGCACUGCGCUUCCUCAACAUCUCCUCCAACCGCAUCCGCAAGUUUCAGUUCGGCGCCUUCACCGGCCUGGCGCGGCUGCAGCGGCUCUACAUGGCCUACAACAAGAUCCAGCAGCUGGACGAGAGCGACCUGGCCGGCCUGCAGGACCUGGAGCUGCUCGACAUCAGCAACAACUUCCUGACACAGGUGCCGACCGACGCACUGCGCCGGCUCACCCAGCUCAAGACCCUGGUGCUCCACUCGAACCUCAUUCAG